AUGAAUCCAUUCUAAUAGAUUCCCACUUUAGCAUAACUUUAAUACUGUCCCUAAUUACAAUAAUUGUAAUAGCUUUAACAGCUACAAUAUUUUCAUUUACUCUGUGCACUCUAAAGCAAUGCUGCUAACCAACCAAAUCUAUAACUACCUUAACUCAAUCCUCUUUAACAAAUAUCUCUUCUCUCUUAAUCCUCUCAAAGAACAAUACCAAUAAUCCAAUAACCUGACAUCCGAACAAAGAAGAGUCAAUCAGAAAGAGUUUUACCAAAGCAAAAGAAAGAGAAUGAAAUUCUGAAACAAUUUACGCCUGAUGAGAUCUUGUAGGAGCUCAAAUAGUUAUUGGAAUAUCUCUGUAAAGAGGAAAUUAAGGUAUUGGAGGAGGAUGAGAAAAUAAAAUAUAAUAUCUUGACCAGAAUAGACGAUGGAUUAAUAGAGUCACUGAUCAAUAGAUAUCAAAAUCAGAAAAAGACGAAAGAAGAAUAAAUAAAAUUUAUACUUAGGAAGUGCUUUAAAUUUUUGAAAUAAAAGAUGAACUUAAACGAAUUAACAAUGAGUGCUUAUGAAAUUGAGAAGGUGUUCUACAAGGAGUAUUUUGCUUCGAGUGACAACAUCGAAGAAUUAAUCCCCUUUAGAUCUGAGUCUUCUAAUAAAACCAUGAAUACAUCAUAUUUAAAGAAAAUUUUCUCGUCUGAGAAAUUUUAUGAAGGCUAUCUGUCUUAUCUUGAAAACUUUGAUGAAAUAUGGGAUCAAGAAAACAAUGAGAAGAUCUAAAACAUGGCUAAAUAGGUGCUGAAAUUCAUAGCUUCUGGUUAAAUCGAUAAAAUAUCGACAUACAAAAGAGUGCCCUGGAUUUUGUCGAUGAAAUAACGUUGUUAUGAAUUGGCUGCUUCUUUGAAAGCAUACCAUGAACAAGAAGAAAUCUGUAAAAAAGUGAAAUAGGAAUGACGAUAUUUUAUAUAUAAUUCAAAAAUGCAACAAACAACGCUUUUUUAAAAA